AUGUCCGACGUAAUUACAGUUUACCAAAAGCUGGAUGACGAGACGGGUGAAAUUUCUGUUGGGCCCCAUGGACUGGACAGGGAGCAGUUGGAGUCCUUUGAACUGCUUGUUGAGGUGAUAGACGGAGGAAAGCGACAGGUAAUUAAAAGUGGCUUUACGCAUCAGCAGCAGUGGAAUCAAAUGGUUAGUCGGCUCACUGCUCAGACCAUCGUGCAAAUCAACGUUCAGGAUGAAAAUGACAACGUGCCGAAAUUCAUCUUCCCCAAAAGCGAUGCUGUUGGCAAGGUUUCUCUAACUUGUCGAGAUAUUCAACACCUUCCUCGAGUCGUUCUACAGGUUGUUGCCAACGACUCGGACAAAGGACCAAACUCCGAACUGGAGUAUUCGCUGUACUUUGACAAUGAUACCCAGCUUUUGACAAGCAACAGAAAGCAUGAAGACAACAGGACGACACCGGUCUCUGAUGCUCCCUGGUUUGAGGUCGAUCCACGCUCGGGUGAGAUUAGUCUCGUUGCUGCGGACGAGCUGCUCUCGCGUUGUGAGACUAUUGAGCAGCACAGCAGGAGAGACCUAGGUAGGUACGACCUCAUUGUCAGUGCCACGGACAAGGGUGAACCCAGACUGUCAGCUACUGCAUCGGUUCAAGUCCGCUUCAUCACCUCUGAUCAGGAAAACAUGGAAGAGGCAAGUGCCCUUGAGUUCGUAGCGAAAUAUGAGUGA